AUGCUCGUGGCAAGGCUAACAUGCCUGAGGAGCCUCCCCUCGCUCGCUGCCGGGCUCCGUCCCGGUCUGGCGAGCGGCUCCUCCGCCCUCAAGAUGAAGCCAUGCCAGGUCAUGUUCACGCCGCAGCAGGGUUUUUCCUCGAAGGCCCGAUUUGGACUCCGCCGAGUGAGAACAACAAGAGACCAACUCAAGGAGGCGGCUUUUGAGUCGACCACGGGCACAGCUAUAAAAUUUGACAGCAUGGGAAGAAUGAUUCUGGCUGGAGGUGCCGCUGUAGGACUUGGAGCUUUAUGCUACUAUGGUUUGGGAAUGUCCAAUGAGAUCGGUGCCAUUGAAAAAGCAGUGAUCUGGCCGCAGUACGUGAAGGACAGGAUCCACUCCACCUACAUGUACUUUGCGGGCAGCGUCGGAAUGACUGCUCUGUCGGCAGUCGCAGUGGCUCGAAACCCGGCACUCAUGGGACUCAUGAUGAGAGGCUCGUGGAUGGCUAUUGGCGCCACGUUUGCGGCUAUGAUCGGUGCCGGCAUUCUGGUCCGGUCCAUCUCGUAUGAACACAGCCCGGUACCGAAGCAUCUGGCUUGGAUGCUGCAUGCAGGUGUGAUGGGUGCUGUCAUUGCCCCCCUCACUCUCCUGGGAGGACCCCUAAUGAUGAGGGCCGCCUGGUACACUGCGGGUAUCGUAGGUGGACUGUCCACGGUGGCUAUGUGCGCUCCCAGCGAGAAAUUCCUCAACAUGGGCGGACCGCUGGCCGUCGGCUUCGGAGUGGUCUUCGCCUCCUCUAUUGGAUCCAUGUUCCUGCCGCCCACCUCGGCUUUCGGGGCCGGACUGUACUCUGUGGCCAUCUAUGGCGGGCUGGUGCUCUUCAGCAUGUUCUUGCUCUACGAUACGCAGAAAGUCAUCAAGAGGGCAGAGACGCAUCCGCUUUACGGCGUGCAAAAAUACGACCCCAUCAACGCGUGUAUGGGGAUUUAUAUGGACACGCUGAACAUCUUCACAAGGCUGGUGAUGAUCCUUGCAAAUGGCGGGGGAAGAAGGAAGUGA